AUCUCUCUCUCCUCUCUCUGUCCUCCUCCAGCCUCAGAGCCCAACCUGAAGGUGAAGUCUAGACUGAAGCAGAAGGUAGCAGAGAGGAGAAGUAGUCCACUGCUGAAGAGGAAAGACAGCAACGUCAUGACCCCCUACAAGAAGAGGGCCCUAGAAAUGAUGGACUCUACAGCCACUAACAGUGCCCAGGCUCAACCCAGCUCUCCCAUCGGAGCCUCCAGCGCCCUGGGGGCCGAGAACGGGCCCUCCUCUCUCCCCACCACAAAAACCGAGCGCUGGCCAUCACAGCCCAGGUUAUUUCGUCCAGAGGGCUCCAUGUCCAACCUUCUGAGCUUAUACACGUCUCCCUCCUUACCCAACAUCACCCUGGGCCUCUCCGCCACCUCCUCCCAGAUCAGCGCUGCCAUCGGGCUGAAGGAGAAGACUGGGGAGGUCAGGCAUGGUCUACCAGGGCAGCUCCUGGGGCCUGUGCCCAUGCCCACCGUGAUCUCCAUGGAGACCAAGGUGUCCCCCAGCCAUCAGGCCCUGCUCCAACACCUCCUUCAGAAGGAACAGAUAAGACGGCAGAAGAUCCUCUCCUCCUCUGGUCAAGGCUCCGUGCCCGCCCACCCCCACUCCCCUCUGGCCAUGAAGGACAGGCCCUCCUCCAACAGCAGACCCAAGCUGCCCAAGCACCGGCCCCUGAACCGSACCCAGUCAGCCCCUCUGCCCCAGAGCACCCUGGCUCAGCUGGUCAUCCAGCAGCAACACCAGCACUUCCUGGAGAAGCAGAAACAGUACCAGCARCAGAUCCACAUCAAUAAGCUGCUGUCCAAGUCCAUCGAGCAACUCCGUCAGCCCAGCUCCCUGGUCAACCCACACCUGCAGGAGUCAGAGGAGGAGGAGGAGGACAACACCCGGAGGAUGGAGGAUGAGAGGAUGGACAUGCAGGAGGACAGGAUGCCCCCUGGUGGCGUGAUCCAGAAACACACCCUUCGCUCCAGCAGCAGCAGUGGCAGCAACGGCUCUCUCGGGGAGCUGUCCGCCAUCGUAGAGGCCCACCACCGCCUGGGGGUCAUAAAGGUCAAAGAGGAGCCAAUCGACAGCGAGGACGAGUCCCUGUCCAAUCAGAGCCUAGUGGCGGAGCAGAGUGCCUCACUCCACCAAGUCAAAGGUCAGCUGGUGAUAAGAGCCAUGAUCUGAGAGGGGGCAGAAGAUGAAGGAAAUCACACACUGCGACAUUCAGAGACGCAUACGUACACACACACACACACACCACACCACAAACAACACACACACACACACACACACACACACACACACACACACA